AUGGCGCAGAAUCGCCCCGCCGCCUUCAACACUCUCAGGAUGGGAGAGGUUAUUCGCGAGAAGGUGCAAGAUGGAAUCACCGGAGAGACGAGAGAUUUGCAGUACACGCAAUGCAAGAUCGUGGGCAACGGUUCCUUCGGCGUCGUCUUCCAGACAAAGCUCUCGCCGUCAGGAGAGGAUGCGGCUAUCAAGCGCGUUCUCCAGGACAAGAGAUUCAAGAACCGUGAACUUCAGAUCAUGCGCAUCGUCCGUCACCCCAACAUCGUGCAGUUGAAGGCUUUCUACUACUCCAAUGGAGAACGCAAAGAUGAGGUCUACCUCAAUCUCGUGCAGGAAUUCGUGCCCGAGACCGUCUACCGCGCAUCGCGCUUCUUCAACAAGAUGAAGACCACGAUGCCCAUUCUGGAGGUCAAGCUCUACAUCUACCAGCUCUUCAGAGCUCUCGCGUACAUCCACUCUCAAGGCAUUUGCCAUCGUGAUAUCAAGCCUCAGAACCUCCUCCUCGACCCUACAUCAGGCAUUCUCAAACUCUGCGAUUUUGGCAGCGCAAAGAUUCUGGUAGAGAACGAGCCGAACGUGUCGUACAUUUGCUCACGAUACUACCGUGCCCCGGAAUUGAUCUUCGGUGCUACCAACUAUACGACCAAGAUUGACGUCUGGUCGACCGGAUGCGUCAUGGCAGAACUGAUGCUUGGACAGCCCCUCUUCCCAGGAGAAUCAGGCAUUGAUCAAUUGGUGGAAAUCAUCAAGGUUCUGGGCACGCCGACACGGGAGCAAAUUCGCACGAUGAACCCGAACUACAUGGAACACAAGUUCCCGCAGAUUAAGCCUCAUCCUUUUGCUAAGGUCUUCAGGAAGGCGGAUGCGAACGCUAUCGACCUGAUCGCUCGUCUUCUCGAAUACACCCCCACCGAGAGACAAGCCGCCGUCGAAGCCAUGGUUCACCCCUUCUUUGACGAGCUCAGAGACCCCAACACCAGGUUGCCUGACUCGCGGCACCAGAGUGGUGAGAUUCGGGAUUUGCCCCCACUGUUCGACUUCACUCGUCAUGAACUUUCCAUCGCACCCAACUUGAACCAUCAGCUGGUACCUGCUCACAUCAAACCCAUUUUGGCCCGCGGAGGAUUGGACAUCGACAAUUUCACUCCAAUUCCGAAGGCAGAUAUGAUAGCCAAAUUGGACUGA